AUGAGCUCGUCUUCUGUUUUGAAUCUUGCUAAUGCCUCUGAAGACUCUCUUCACGACCUCUGCGAAGCAGCAGAUGCAGCAGGAUUCGGUCUAGGUAACCAAAAUACAUUCGACGAAACGUACCGCAAAUCUAAGGAACUCGACACCUCCCGAUUCGCCUGUAACUUUGAUCCUCGAACUAUGAAGAUCUUCGACCAAGUACAGACUGAUCUCAUCGAGGGUGACGACGAAAUUGAGAAGGUCUUGCGUCCUGAACUUUACAAAUUAAACACAUACAGUGAAGGAGACUUCUUCAAGGCACACAAGGACACCCCUCGUGCUCAAAAUAUGAUAGGAUCUCUGGUCAUAGUCUUUCCUACGGUCCACAAAGGUGGAUCCCUCGUUCUCCGCCAAGAUGGCCAGGAAUGGACCUUUGGUGCUGAGAAGAUGCUUGCGGACAGUACGCCUGAGGUCCCGGUGAUCUCAUACGUCGCAUUCUACAGCGACGCAGAGCACGAGGUUCUCCCUGUAACCUCGGGUGUUCGGGUAACUCUAACGUACAAUCUAUAUCUCGAGGACAAGAUGCCGACUGCCCCCGCCCUUAUUACCGAAGCCUCUAGUAAUCCUACACCAGCUGAUGUUCUGAAGACGACUCUCCAAAAACUAUUGAAAGAUGAAACUUUCCUUCCCAAAGGAGGCCUUCUGGGGUUUGGUCUCCAACACCAGUAUGCGAUCUCUGAGGAUUGCGGGGUAGAACAAAGUCGAAACGAACUACAACAAUUGACAGAUAGGCUCAAAGGCAGCGACGCUAGUAUCCUGCGAGCUUGUCGAGAUCUUUCCUUGGACGCCAAUAUUCGCAUCUUUUAUGAAGCUCGAUACUCAAAUGGUGUCUGGAUGGCCGAUCAUGUCAUACCCGGGGAACAGAUAAACGAGCAAGCUGAAGACAUGGAAGUGUUGCUCGAUGAGCACGGAACUCGAGUAUCGGACCCUGAUUAUGAGCUGAGAGAUGAGGAAGCGGAAUCACUACCAGAGAUCGUCUGGGUUACUCCGAUUACGGUGUUGAAUGAAACCGAGUCGCACUACCUUGCAUAUGGGAACGAGGCUACUGUUGGUUAUCUAUAUGGCGAUGUUUGUCUCAUUGUCAAUGUUGGAAAGCCCGGGAGUCGAGAGCAAGGUUCGGUAUCCGUAGCAUAAUAGUAUGUAGCGAGACUCUAUGACGCCUCAAUGAUAUGGAAUCGCAGCA